AAUGGCGUAGCAAGCGCAUAGCCUUUUUCACGUAGACUUUCAUCUUGUUCACGUUAGUUAGCAAGAAAAAAUAAUAAAAUGGGUCGUAUGCACGCACCAGGAAAGGGUAUUUCCCAAUCAGCCCUCCCGUACCGCAGAACAGUUCCCACCUGGUUGAAGCUGAGCUCCGAUGAGGUCGUCGAACACAUCAAGAAGUUGGGAAAGAAGGGUUUGACCCCAUCGCAAAUCGGCGUUAUCCUUAGGGAUUCUUAUGGCGUUGCCCAAGUCAGGUUCGUCACCGGCAGCAAAAUCUUGCGUAUCAUGAAAGCCAAGGGAUUGGCCCCAGAUCUGCCAGAGGAUUUGUACUUCUUGAUCAAGAAGGCCGUAUCCAUCCGCAAGCAUUUGGAACGCAACAGGAAGGACAAGGACAGCAAAUUCCGUCUGAUUCUGGUCGAGUCACGUAUCCACCGUUUGGCCAGGUACUACAAGACCAAGAGCGUCGUCGCCCCCAACUGGAAGUACGAAUCCAGCACGGCCUCCGCUCUCGUAGCUUAAGACGUUUAUUAUGUG